UGGGGACCUGCAGGUGACGGGAAGUGGACAUUGCCCAUAUAGCACUGCCCAGAAAGCCAUUGGAAAGGACAACUUCACUAUGAUUCCUGAAGGGGUCAAUGGAAUUGAGGAAAGAAUGACUGUUGUCUGGGACAAGGCUGUAGCCACAGGUAAGAUGGACGAGAGCCAAUUUGUAGCUGUCACCAGUACCAAUGCUGCCAAAAUCUUUAAUCUGUAUCCAAGGAAAGGCCGGAUUGCUGUAGGAUCGGAUGCUGAUGUGGUUAUUUGGGACCCUGAUAAGGUGAAGACUAUAACAGCUAAAAGCCAUAAAUCGGCCAUUGAGUACAACAUCUUUGAAGGAAUGGAGUGCCAUGGUGCCCCGCUUGUGGUCAUAAGCCAAGGGAAGAUUGUGUUUGAAGAUGGAAAUCUGCACGUAAAUAAAGGAAUGGGCCGCUUCAUUCCUCGCAAACCUUUCCCUGAAUAUCUUUACCAGCGCAUUAAAAUCAGGAAUAAGGUGGGAGGACUGCAAGGAGUCUCCAGAGGAAUGUAUGAUGGGCCUGUGUAUGAAAUUCCAGCUACGCCAAAAUACGCAACUCCUGCACCCUCAACUAAAUCCUCACCUGCCAAAAAUCAGCCCCCACCAAUCAGAAACCUCCAUCAGUCUAAUUUUAGCUUAUCAGGAGCUCAGAUAGAUGACAAUAACCCACGCCGUACUGGCCACCGCAUCGUGGCCCCUCCUGGAGGUCGCUCUAAUAUUACCAGUCUUGGCUGAAAAAUGAUGAUGGACAGAAACACAAAGAUGAAGGAUCAUGGGAAUAAUGUCUGUUACCUUCAAUAUCUGUGUUAUUGAACCCACAGUUUUAUUUGGUACUAAUGGAAAUAAAAAACAAAAUGUCUUUCUUUUUUAUGUAUAGGAAGAGGUGAUAAUAGUGUGGUGUGUUUGCUUGGAACUACUUGCCUCACAAUUGUGCUUUCAUGCCAUAGUCACCUUAAAGCAUGGUGCUUCCAUUGCCCCUUUAGUGACUACAGGUUUUAGCUUUGUCUCGUAACUGAAUGAUGGUUCCUUUGCACCCUUUCGCUGUAUUAGAGUAGUUAAUGCAUGUUACUGAGUUAUUUAUGCAAGUUGCAUUCUGUGAGUGAGUCCCUUUAGAACAUGUUGCCAACAAUUGACUAGACACAAUGCCAAGAUUAAUGUCCGUAUUUGAGAAACGCCACCAAAAACACUUAUGAAGAAAAUGGCCAUCUUGAAAGUAUGCAGUAGAGUAGUAUAGGCAGCUUCUGUUUCAUCUUUAAUUUAUUAUAAACCCAAGAAGCACUUCUCUCAGAUACAGAAAAUCAUCAGGACACAUAAUGACAAAUGGUCUCUGUAGCACCUGUCUGUUCCCACUCACCAUGUUCCAAGUCUGUGUCCUUCCUGUUUCCAUUUUAGACAGAGCCAUAAUUUAUACAUACCAGUGCCAUUGCCACCCCUGCAGGGAUUUCUCCACCUGGGCAGUAGUGCUCUCCUUCUGCAUGAGAUUUUUGGUACUUACAGAUAAUCCAAGUUACCGUCGGAUUUUUAAAGUUUUUUGUACAAAGUUUUUCCUUUGUAAUCACAUGCAUUUUUACUUACUCUACCGUAUCAAGAUCUACUAGUCGUGGUUCAAUUUCUGAAUUCAAAGCUUGUGAAAUAAAGGAAAUGAAUUGAU